UAGUGUUAUUGGAAGAUAGAACCUUGGCGCGUUUCAAGGCGGAAGGUCACAUGUCCUCCUGCUCGGAUGAGUUUGUUGAUGCCCAGGAUUUCUCCCCAAGUUCAUCGCCAAAAUCCUCUGCAGAUUUUAAAGAGCCUGAAAAUUUUAACACAUCCUUCGAGCAUGAUGAAGCCAAAGAUAAAUCAAUCGAAGAUAAGAAAUUAGAAGAAUCACUAAGCGUCCAGGAGAUUGAGGAACGAAGAGAUAUUGCAGUAGCCACAAAAGAUGAAGGAAAUUUGCUCUUCAAGUCCGGUUUUUUUGGUGAGGCUUUGACGAAAUACACGGAAGCUCUUGAACUUUGCCCUUUAAAAUGUUGCGUUGAACGCUCCGUGAUUUUUGCCAAUAGAGCUGCAUGUCAUAUAAAGUUGGAUUCUCCCGAAGCAGCAAUCUUGGACUGCAACGAAUCAUUGAAUUUACAACCGGACUACGCGAAAUGCCUGGAGCGACGUGCUACUUUGUUUGAAAGUAAGGACAGACUGUCAGAUGCACUCGAAGAUUAUAAAAAAAUUUUGCAGUUAGACCCAAGUAACCAAAAAGCUCGUCAUGCAUGUUCUACUCUGCCGGAGCGUAUUCAAAUUCAGAAUGAAAAAAUGAAGGAGGAAAUGUUAGGUCAGUUAAAGCAAUUAGGUAAUCUGAUCCUAAAACCCUUUGGUCUCUCAACGGACAAUUUCAAAGUACAGAAGAAUCCUGAAUCAGAAGGUUAUUCCAUAAAUUUUGUUCAAAAUGCUGCCACCUCAUCUCAGUGAACACAUGUAAAAAAUUACUUACAUGGUUUUAUUUGUUCCUAAUCAGUAUAGUUCGCCUUUUCACAUGACUAAUACAAUAACAAUUGUUAUGUUUUGUUCCUGUAUCAUUUGUUUUUUACCUAUUGAUUUGAAUUCUUGAAAUUAAUUUCUUGGGUGUAUUAAUUAGAGUUAAUCUACGUUUGUUUUUGGACAAUAUACAGAUUUCAAGAAUGCAUAUGUGUCUUUCAUUUAUGUAUCGAUGUGUGUUUUGUGCUUAGAUUUUAUUCCCCUGUUCAUCAAAUUAGCCUUCUCUUUUAUGGAACUAAUUUGGCGGAAAUUUUCAUUACAUACAACAU